AAGAAAAAAAAGGCACAGCUUCAGGCAGUGAGUCACUCACACACACUCUCUCAGACAGAGAAUUUCUCUUAAGGCCUAAAUUACAGCUCACACAAAAAACCCAGUCUCCUUUACUCAUUGCACGACCAUCUCGUCCUUCUGUCUUUCCUCAUUUCCUUUCCUGCAUUCGUCGGAGGAGACAAAAAAAAAAGAAAAAGAAAACAAUGCGAACCCAUUUGAGAAUGAAGGAAAGCUAGAAUGCCAUUCUUUUUGUAGAUCCAAAUUUCAUACGCAAGAAAGUUCAUUCAAACCGCACGCUUUUUCCCCACAAUAAAAAUGGGUGGUCUGAGGGAAUCAUGGUGUUUCUGCAAGGGAGUAAGCAAGUCUGAGAGAAUGAAAGCUGCCAUCUUCUCUGGAAAAGCUACGGCAAUGGCCAGAAUCUCCGGUUCCGGGACUGGGUUUUUAAUACACAGGAAUCUUCUUUUGACUACCCAUGUCAACCUUCCGUCGAUAGCUGCCGCCGAAAGUUCCGAGAUCCGGCUGCAAAAUGGGGUCGCUGCUAGUCUCGUUCCUCACAGGUUUUUCGUCACCAGCUCCGUUUUAGAUCUUACAAUAGUGGGUUUGGAUUCAAUGGAUGGAGACUCAAAUGUGCAGGGGCAACAUCCUCACUACUUGAAGACCCAUUCUAAACCUAAUCUGGAUCUGGGCAGUGUAGUCUUCCUUUUAGGAUACACGGAGAACAAGGAUUUAACAGUGGGUGAAGGAAAGGUGGUGAUAGCCACUGACAAUCUGAUAAAACUGUCCACUGAUGGAAUAACGUGGAGCCCUGGGUCAGCUGGAUUUGACAUACAAGGCAAUCUUGCUUUCAUGAUCUGUGAUCCUAUGAAACUGGCCACAUCUCCAAACAACAAAUCAUCAUCAACCUCUUCAUUGUCAUCUUCAUCGUGGAAGAAGGAUCUUCCUAUGCAGUUUGGUAUCCCCAUUCCCAUAAUCUGUGAUUGGUUAAACCAGCACUGGGAAGGUAGCCUUGAUGAUCUUAACAAACCCAAACUACCACUCAUUCGAUUAAUGUCUACGGGCCAGAAGAGUGAGCAUUCUUGUGCUUCUUUCACACUGCGGCCAGUAUUUAAGUCAACAGAGGCUGACAAUGACGGAACACCAUCUUCAUCAAAUACCAUCUCAAAAACUAGGGAUCAGCCUGCACCUAGUUGUUCUGCUGCAGCAAAGAAUGUUGAAGAAGAAAACCUAAGUGAUCCACAUGCUACCCAUGUUCAGGGUAUUCCUACACCUGAAAUAUAUGAAUCCCCAAAGUUAACAGCUGUUCCUAUUCGGAAAAAAGAAAGUGCUCAACUUCAGCUGUUGGAUAUUAAUUUUCCUCCAAGGGUUGCUAAGCCCGCAGUUUUAUCACAUCGAGCCAAAGGAUUGGCCCUAGAUUCUGAUGAGAAUUUCAUCAAGGAACCUCCUCCUUCAGGGAGCCCACUAAGAGAAGAACAAAUUAUCCAUAGAGGACUAGACAAUCCUGGUGUAGAUGCAGAAGAAGGUUCAACAGGUUCCGUAAAUGGGGCUCGGAGUGAGGUUCAAUCAAGCUCAUCGCCAGUUGGAGUUUCAGAGAUGCAGAAUGGGUAUAGCAGUGAGGGAGAAACUAUGUACUCAGCAGAAACUGCCGAGAGCCGAAACUAUACAAGUCCUAGAGAGGGCAAGUUUCAGCAAGUGGGACGGAGCCAGAGUUGUGUGAGCUACAAUAGAUGGGGAGCCGUACAAAGGAACCCAGUGGCUCGCAGAGCUUUGCUUGAAAAGCAAAGGAGCAUCAUCCAUGGAAGGAAGAUGUAUUCUCAAGGAGCGACUUCUCAAAGGAGUAAUGACUACUUCAGCCCAACUGUUUCCUCAAUCAUGAAGAAGCGGAACAACUCAGAGCAGCAACAAAACAGAACUCCCUACCAAAGUGCAGUUCAUUCCUCUCCUAGAUGGAUGUUUUGAAUAAAUCUUAAGCGGUGUAACAUCGGAAAAAGUAAUUAAUCAACAAAGAAAUAUAUAGUUUUUCUUUACUGUGUUUGAAUUUAAUGCCCGUUUAAUUUAAUUUCCACCAUACUAUAGUGUAACGAAAAUUGUUACGACUGUUCUGCCACGGACCUGAGGUAAAUAAGAAAAUUCAACGAAGUUGUAAUUUUUCUCC